GAGGUUCUGGAGGUUCUGGAUGUUGGUUCCUCAGCAGGAACAUCUGGGAUUAUCUGCGUGUAGCUCUGAAGCUAAGCAGCUAACAGGCUGCAGCUAGCUUAGCUUAGCAUCCUCCAGGAAGGUUUAACACCGAGGAAAACACUUUUCUGAAGUUAAUCUACAAACGGAGAGAAAAUGUUUAUUUUCAGGUUCUCCUGGACUGGGAUGGGGUCCACGGCGGUCCACGGCGUCCAACAGCCUGCCAGGCUCACGCUGUCAUCUCUGCUCCUCGCCGCCGCCCUGCUGGUGGCGGUUUGUGCCGAGGGGUCGGACUACUACCAGCUGCUGGGGGUGAGCAGGGAAGCUACAACCAGAGAGAUCCGACAGGCUUUUAAGAAGCUGGCGCUCACCAUGCACCCCGACAAGAACCCUGGCGACGCCUCGGCUCACGACAAGUUCCUGAAGGUGAACCGGGCUUAUGAGGUGCUGAAAGAUGAAGACCUGAGGAAGAAGUAUGACAAGUACGGAGAAAAUGGAUUGGACGAGCAGCAGGGAGGGCGCUACGAGAGCUGGAACUACUACCGCUACGACUUUGGCAUCUAUGAUGACGACCUGGAGAUCAUCACUCUGGACAGCGGCGACUUUGAAGCAGCAGUGAACUCUGGAGAAAUCUGGUUUGUCAACUUCUAUUCCCCUCGAUGCUCGCACUGCCACCAGCUGGCCCCCACGUGGAGGGAGUUUGCCAAGGAGAUGGACGGAGUUAUCCGCAUCGGAGCGGUGAACUGUGGAGACAACAACCAUCUGUGCAGGAGGAAAGGCAUCAACAGCUACCCCAGCCUCUACGUCUACAGAGCAGGACAGAGGCCAGAGAAGUUCACCGGGGAGAGGAAUAAAGAUGACCUGCUUCGCUUCUCCAUGCAGUUCAUCACCACUACAGUCACCGAGCUGUGGCAGGGAAAUGUUUUCACAGAGAUAGAAGCUGCCUUCUCCUCAGGCCUGGGCUGGCUGAUCACCUUCUGCUGCGACUCAGGAGACUGUCUGGAGCCUCGAACUCGACAGAAGCUGGCUGGGAUGUUGGACGGACUGGUGAAGGUGGGCUGGAUGGACUGCAUCCUCCAGCAGCAGCUCUGUGACAGUUUCCAGGUGAGCAGUGGAUCCACGGCUCUGUUCCCUCCUGGAAGCGCUGUGGAUCAACAGGACAGCGUUUUGUGGCUGGAGACUCUGGACAGCAGAGAGAUCUACAAGCAGGUCCUCCAUCAUCUGCCUGAUCUGGACCUGCUGUCCACGGACACUUUCAAGGAGAAACUGGCGCAUCAUCGCUGGCUGAUCAGUUUUACCUUCAGUAGCGGGUCUGCCUCCAGCGAGUACAAGAAGCUCCGCGCUCUCCUCCGAAACGACCACAUCCAGGUGGGGCGGGUGGACUGCGCCGCAGAGCGCCAGCUGUGUCAGUCUCUGUACAUCCAGAAACCCUGUGUGGCCGUUUUCAAAGGACUGGGAAUCAACGACUUUGAGAUCCACCACGGGAAGGACGUGCUCUACAACAUCGUGGGUUUUGCCAGGGAGAGCGUUCGCGCUCAUGUGACCACGCUGAGGCCAGACAACUUCCCCUCCAACAGGAAGGAGCCGUGGCUCGUCGACUUCUUUGCUCCGUGGUGUCCUCCAUGCAGAGCUUUACUUCCUGAACUGAGGAAAGCGUCCAUCCAGCUGGCGGGACAGAUGAAGUUUGGGACCCUGGACUGUACGGUCCAUCCAGACCUGUGCUCCACGUAUAACAUCCAAGCGUAUCCCACCACCGUCAUCUUCAACGGCUCGUCUCUGCAUGAAUAUGAAGGACAUCACUCUGCUGACGGCAUCUUGGAGUUCAUCCAGGACCUGGUCAACCCGUCGGUGGUGGUCCUCGAUCCCUCCAGCUUCUCAGACAAAGUUAAAGGCAGAGCUGAGGGGCAGACCUGGGCGGUGGACUUCUACGCUCCUUGGUGCGGUCCCUGUCAGGCCAUGAUGCCAGAGUGGAGACGCAUGGCUCGGAUGGUUUCUGGUCAGAUCCUGGUGGGUUCCCUGGACUGUCAGCGCUUCCAGACCUUCUGCCAGAGCCAGGGAGUGAGGGCCUACCCUGAGGUCCGCCUGUACGCCGGGAGCACCAAGCAGCCGGACCGCUAUGCGACCUACAGCGGCUGGAGCAGAGACGCCCAAACGCUGAGAGCCUGGGCGCUGAGCUCGUUGCCCAGAGCGUCGGUGGACCUGACUCCAGGGACCUUCAGAUCCCAGGUUCUUUCAGGUCGGGAUCACUGGGUUCUGGAUUUCUAUGCCCCCUGGUGCGGACCAUGUCAACACUUUGCUCCGGAGUUUGAGAUCCUGGCCCGGACGCUGAAGGGGGAGGUCCGGUCCGGGAAGGUGGACUGUCAGGCCCACUAUGAGACGUGUCAGUCAGCCGGGAUAACCGCCUACCCUACAGUGCGCUUCUACGCCUACCGAGGAUCCAGGAGGUAUGAACACAGCGGGGAGCACAUCAACAGCCGGGACGCAAACACCAUCGCUGACAUCAUCCGGAGCCGCCUGGAACAGCUGUCGCCACGGUUACACAGCACGCCAAAGGAUGAGCUCUGACACCGGAGGAGCCCCGUUCUGAUUGGUGGGAGCCGGAAUGCGCCUGAUUUGAUUGGUCCAGCCUCCUGGAGCCUGACGGCGGCUGGCAGCCGCCUCCAGGGUGUGUAUUUACUCUAUGAAGUAAACCUGCGGGACACGAUGGGAAGUUACUGACGCACUACUGCAUCUCAGAGCUGCUGAGAUGGUCUCUGCUUUUUAUUCUCUCAGGUUUUUAUUUGGGCUAAAAUUGGUAGAAAUGAACUUUUAUCCUUUAGUUUGGCUUCACUGUUCUGGAUAAAAACAAACCUGUGCUAUAAAAGACACUCCAUCUCAAUCCAAUAAAAUCUUCUUUUCUAAUA